UACCCCUCAUUUGCAUUUGAUAUCUCCGGAGCACUCAAGGGCAAUCCUCAUAUACAGAACCCUACUCUACUCUCAUAUUUAACACCGAAAGCCAUCAUGGAUCCGAAAUUGGACCGUUGGUUCAUCCGAUUCUUAACGACAGCAAGAUUUGACCCCGCUGUUUAAUGCGCAGCUAGUCAGCGACAGCCGGGGGAAGUAUAUAACGACAGAUCCCUUUAGGGAUCAGAAAAAUGAUUGUACAUCCUUCUGUACACUAGUAUCGACUCUUAACAUUUUACUCUUUAUUCAAUUCUUCAUCAUGUCUGGCACAAAGUUCUUUGUUGUUGCCCGUGUUACCGGUAGAGAUAACGCACUUCCUUUGUGGAAAGAAAGAAUUGUCAGCCUAUGCGCUGUGUCCGCCACCGAGAAGCUUGGUGACACUUACUAUUGGGGUUCGUCACUGGAAGGCGACCCAGACACUAUUUGCGGGUUGGAAGGAUAUACGCACGCGGUGGGGUUCUUUAUUGGUCACUUCGAGACCGAUACCUUCAAGGAGCAAGGCGCUUUGAUUGAUUCGGACGAGCUUCUCAAACACGAGCAAGGACUAGACAGUCGCGACUAUGAUUUACAUCAUUAUGAUCUUGUUGGUGGCUUUCUUAAGCGCGACAACGACCCUGAUAGGGAUGCCAAAGACAGCAUUAUCGCAGUCUACCAUUUUUGGUCUACUACGGAAGAGACUCGCCCUGAGAUUUUGGACAAACUGUUGAGCUUCGUCAACAGCUACAGAUCUGGUGAGCUUGAUGCAGCCGUCCAGAGUGCCAUCGUUUUGAAAGAAAUCAGAUUCCCAACUAUGGCAACCUUGUGGGUGAGAGUACGAACGCUUGAUACUCACGCAGCUUUCGAGAAGUCCGAGGCUUUUGCUAAACUUAUCGAUGAAGUGAAACCUCUUGUAUCCAAAACCGACAAGUAUAAAGCGGGAGCUUUCAAUGGGCAUCUGGAUUUGAAAUAUCCUACCGCAUAGGAGCAAAGCCCUUUGUAUUUACGAGGUCUUUCUCAAAGAGUGUCAGCCAACUCUUUGCUAGUCUAUGUGUUUGCAUUGACCUUACUACUGAAGUAUUCAAAUGUGCUAUCAGUUCGAAAUACAUUUUCCUUAUUCAAUAUUGUUUAUAAGUCGUAGACGAAGAUUCGGUAUGUAGUGCCUUAUGUGUACACUGGUCAAUAGCAGAAACGGAAGGAUCGUGGUCUGCCGAAGUACUCUAAGGCAUGUCUACAUUCUCAAGACUA